AUGGAGACAUUUUAUAAUGGUUUAAACACCCAUACUAGAAUGUUAGUAGAAGCUUCGACGAAUGAGGCUCUUCUUGUUAAGUCCUAUAAUGAGACAUAUGAAAUCCUUGAGAGGAUAUCCAACAAUAACUAUCAGUGGCCCACUACUAGAUCAUCCACAAGUAGAAAGGUGGCUGGUAUUCAUGAUGUAGAUGUCAUCACUUCUUUGGCAGCCCAAGUUUCCUCUUUUUCAAAUAUGUUCAAGACAAUGAACAUGGGGAUGAAUCAGUCAAUGGGGAAGCCUAUGCGGGCACAAAUGACGCUAAUGGAGAACAUUUCUUGUGUGUAUUGUAGUGAGGGCCAUAGUUUUGACAACUGUCCUUCCAAUCCAGCAACUGUGUGUUACAUGGGGAAUCAAAAUAGGAAUGGUCCUUAUUCUAACUCCUACAAUCCAUCAUGGAGGCAACAUCCCAACUUUUCAUGGAGUAAUCAAGGAGUUGAUCCUAGCAAUUCUUCUAUGCCUCCAAGUCCAAAUUUCUCACCGGGUUAUUCUCCACAAGCACCACAACAAAGGCUACAACGACAAAUAAUGCAAUCUAUCUCUCUUGAGAACAUGUUGAAGGAGUAUAUAGUGAAGAAUGAAGCCAUAAUUCAAAGCCAAGCGGCAUCAUUGAGGAACUUAGAAAACCAAGUUGGGCAACUAGCUAAUGAGCUUAGAAAUAGACCCCAUGGUACAUUUCAAAGUGAUACCAAGAAUCCAAGAAUUAUGGGCAAGGAACAUUAUAAAGCCAUCACUUUGAGGAGUGGGAAAGAAUCAGAAAAUAACAAGACAAACUAUGUGCAUGAGGGGAUGCCGCAACAUUGUCGCUCAGAAAGUUCAAUUUCAAAGCAGCCAACUCCAUUUUCUCAACGUUUUCAAAAGCAAAAAUUAGAUUCUCAAUUCAAGAAGUUUCUAGACAUGCUGAAGCAGCAGCAUAUCAACAUCCCACUCAUAGAGGCACUUGAGAAAAUGCUCAAUCAUGUGAAGUUUAUGAAAGAUGUUCUCACAAGGAAGAGAAGGUUAAGAGAGUUUGAAAUUGUGGCUCUAACCAAGGAGUGUAGUUCAUUUCUACAAGACAAGUUUCCACCAAAGUUGAAGGAUCGUGGGAGUUUCACUAUUCCAUGUACUAUUGGAAACACUGAUUGUGGGAUGACUUUAUGGGAUUUGGGUGCUAGCAUUAAUUUGAUGCCAAUGUAUAUUUUCAAGAAAUUGGGGAUUGGAGAAGUCGCGCCUACUACAAUAGAGAGGUGCCCAUUAUCUUUGGGAGGCCAUUUCUUGGAACAGGAAGAUGUAGAUGUGAAAAAUGGAGAGCUUACUAUGAGGGUCCAAGAUGAAAAGGUAACUUUUAAUGUUUUUAAGGCUAUGAAAUUUCCUGAUGAGGUUGAGGAAUGCUCAGUGGUUUCAGUGGUAGAUUAUUUGGCAUCAAAGGAGUUUCAGACUAGUAACGUUGAUGAUCCAUUAGAGAGGUUAUUGUUGUUUGACUCUCACAAUGACGAAGAUGAGGAGGAGUACUUAGCUUGGUUGGAGGCUAAUUCUCAAGGGUUAAGAACAAGAGGCCGAUUUGAUUCAUUGGAGUUGUCAUCUAGGGAGUUCAAAGCUCGCAAACCACCAAUUGAAGAGCCACCUAAGUUGGAGUUGAAAGUCUUGUCGUCACAUUUGCAAUAUGCCUACUUGGGUUUAUCAUCCACUUUACCUUUCAUUAUUCAGUGGAGUUGA